CAUUAACAUUAUUACAAAAUUUUAUGUCAUGACAAAUUUUGUAUUAUAAUCAUCUAUAGCAAGUGUGUGAACUUAUUGGUGCUUACAGUUUUGUUAAAUAUUCUCAUUUAUAUUAAUUAAUUUUCUUGGUUUCUAAAUAGAUCCCACGUUUUUAAGCAAUCUUUUGUCUGGACUCUGGAGCGUUGUAGAAAUAUAACAAACAUUCUGCAACUGAAUUUAAAAUGAAAAAAAAAAAAGGAACUCUCUCCAUAUUCUCUCCUAGAUUCUUGGAGAUUUUGCUGAUAAUUAUCUUGCAAAGCUGAUUAAAGGUAUUCAAUUCAGAAAGCUGCCUCCAGGAUGGAAAUUUCUUCUCUCUAUUCGACACCAUAUUAUUGCAUUUUAAAUGUUAGACGGAAUCUGAUUGGCAAAUGUCUAAAAGAAAGAAGGUUGUGUUAUGGUUUAGAUGUUUAUAGCAUAAAGAAAAACAGGAACCGGAGAUUUUGCACUAUCGCUGCUCUAAAGAGGUACGACAGUUUAGACUCAAGUGUCUUGAGCGAAAGCUAUUACUCAGAUAUGGUAGAUGGGAAAGUCAGUAACCAAGAUGUGACUGGUAGACGUAAAUCAGUACCAAAGGUUAUGAUUCCUAGUUUACCUGGUGAAACUAAAAGUGAUUCUGUUGCUGCGGUCGAUAGCUGCUUGUGGGAAUGGAAGCCAAAACUGAAUGUUCAUUAUGAGAAAUCUGGAUGUCAAAAUGUUAACUCCGCACCGAUACUAUUUCUUCCUGGUUUUGGUGUUGGUUCCUUUCACUAUGAAAAACAGCUAAAGGAUCUUGGUCGUGAUCACAGAUUAUGGGCAUUAGAUUUUCUUGGACAGGGGAAGUCAUUACCUAGUGAGGAUCCAACUUUGCAGUCCAAACGACGAGAUGAAUCAGAAGGUGAUGGAGACAAUGUUCUCUGGGGUUUUGGAGAUGAAGCAGAACCUUGGGCAAAAGAACUUGUCUAUUCUGUUGAUCUAUGGAGGGAACAAGUACGCUAUUUCAUUGAAGAGGUUAUUAAAGAACCAGUCUACAUCGUGGGAAAUUCUCUUGGUGGAUAUGUUGCCCUCUACUUUGCAGCAUACUACCCUCAAUUGGUGAAAGGUGUAACCUUGCUGAAUGCGACGCCUUUUUGGGGAUUUCUUCCUAAUCCUGUUAGAUCUCCAAGAUUAUCUAGAUUGUUUCCAUGGGCUGGGACUUUUCCUCUUCCCACCAAUAUCAGAAAACUCACAGAACUUGUAUGGCAGAAAAUUAGUGCUCCUGAGAGUAUCGCAGAGGUGCUUAAACAAGUUUAUGCUGAUCACACCACAAAAGUAGAUAAAGUUUUCUCGAGUAUUCUUGAGGUAACAGAACACCCUGCAGCAGCUGCAUCCCUUGCCUCAAUAAUGUUCGCUCCUAGGGGACAACUAAGUUUUAAAGAGGCACUGACUGGGUGUCGAAUGAACAAUGUACCUGUCUGUCUCAUAUAUGGGAAAGAAGACCCUUGGGUGAUGCCUAUUUGGGGUUUACAAGUGAAACGUCAAUUCCCUGAAGCUCCAUAUUAUCAGAUUAGUCCAGCUGGUCACUGCCCCCAUGAUGAAGUCCCAGAGAUUGUGAAUUUUUUGCUGCGCGGAUGGAUCAGAAAUAUUGAAUCCCAUAGUUCGGUUGCAUUGCCGCUGCUUGAUAGUCCAGAAAGCGUUGAAUAUGACGUUGUCAAAGACUUGGAAUUUGUUCGCCAAGGAAAGAAAAAAUCAGUAAAAGUGCAAUUAUACGGGUCAAUCUCUCAAUGGGAGAGGCUUCGCAUGUUCCUAAAAUCUCGAUUUCAGUAUGGAGUUUACUCUCCAUAAUUGCACAUAACUUUUUUCAUUUUUUUUGUGCGCGUAAGAUCCACAUAUUGUGCGAU